UAAAAGAAGAAAAGCGGAGCAAACAAUUUUUGAGAGAAUCUAUUUUUAUUUUUAUUUUUUUCCCGUAUUUUUGAUCUUGUAGCUGAAAUGAAUUAGUGAUUAAAGUGUAGAACCCGGAUUAAAUCUCGAAAUCGGAGGUUUUAAUUUCUCAUUCGAGAUCUCUAGAUGGCCGCCCCGUUCUUUUCUACUCCUUUUCAACCUUACGUUUAUCAGAGUCCGCAAGAUGCUGUGAUCCCAUUUCAAAUAUUGGGUGGUGAGGCUCAAAUAGUUCAGAUAAUGUUGAAGCCGCAAGAAAAAGUUAUUGCAAAACCUGGCUCAAUGUGCUUCAUGUCUGGGUCCAUUGAAAUGGAAAACACCUAUGUCCCUGAAAACGAGGUAGGCAUGUGGCAGUGGCUUUUUGGCAAGAGUAUAACUAGUAUUUCUCUUCGCAAUCCUGGUCCAAAUGAUGGAUUUGUUGGAAUUGCUGCACCUUCUCUGGCAAGGAUUCUUCCGAUUGAUUUGGCAAUGUUUGGUGGAGAGCUUUUGUGUCAGCCAGAUGCAUUUCUUUGCUCCAUCAAUGAUGUGAAGGUCAAUAAUACGGUUGAUCAGCGGCCACGAAAUGUCGUAACUGGUGUAGAGGGAUUUCUGAGACAGAAGUUAUCUGGCCAGGGGCUUGCAUUUAUUGUUGCUGGUGGAUCUGUUGUGCAGAAAAAUCUUGAGGUGGGUGAGGUGUUGGCAGUUGACGUGUCAUGCAUUGUGGCCCUCACUGCUUCCAUCGACGUCCAAAUCAAAUUCAAUGGUCCAAUGAGAAGAGCAGUUUUUGGAGGUGACAAUUUGGUAACAGCUGUUCUAACAGGACCGGGCAUUGUCUUCAUCCAGAGUUUGCCAUUUCAUCGAUUUUCACAGCGAAUUGCAAGGGCGGUUACAUCUCCAAACAUGAGGGAAAAUCCAAAGUUCUUCGUUCAAAUAGCUAUUUUCUUUUUUCUAGCAUACGUGGUGAUUGUAUCUUCUUUAAUAUUAACUGAUGUGUGAAAUUGUCUUUCCCUCUUUAAUUUUUGUUAAAUUUUUUUCUUCCCUCUUUAGGAAAUCUAGAUUAAAUUGAUCAAAGUGUUUGCUUCAAGUUAUGUUGUUUUAUCGAAAACUUCACAUCCAGUUAUUCAAAGAAAAGAAAUUGAACUCUUUUAGUUUUGACUUUUGA